AUGCCUACAAUUCUUGAAGCCCUCGCAGAAAAGUCUGUGGCACGGGAUUUCAACAACGCCAAUAGCAUCACUGGGCCAAACACGGACUGCAAGACCGAGAUUAGCGUUGAUGACUGGUGUCCUUGGGAGGACUUCACUUACGAAAACAUCAAAUGCAUCUUUAGGAAGGAGCUAGGUCGACGAUAUAAAGGCGACAAUGAACCGCAUCCACUUCCGUUCGAUUUAUGUGUUCUCAGAGAAGACACGACGCAGGACGCGCUAGGGCGAUUUCCAAUCCCUAUUGUCAAUUAUGCCCUGAAUUCCGGCGGUGGUACGGAGCAUUUGGGUCGUGGAAGUAGGUGUCAACCAGACGCUAUGUAUGCACCCGACUGGUCGGUGGUGUCAAAUUCUCACGUGUCUACUGAGGGGAUGCUGAAUAUACUUCCUGGAGAUACGAAAAUCAGCUCGAAAUGGUGGUCUGGCAUGCUCGACGAUGACGAUAACUUUGACGAGUGGAAGAAAGUCCUUGACCAAAUUGUUACCUAUCUGGCAUUAUGGUCUACUCGGUACGGCUUCAUUAUAACCAACACCGAAGUCGUCGUUCUACGAAUAAAUCGCCAUCGUCUACACGCUGGCAUAGCCGCCAAUCGAACCCGUCGUAUCCGUCGCUCUGACGCCACCAUUAUACCGAGCAGCGACCCUGUGAGUAUUGCUUCGAGCGAGGGUUUCCAAGACGUCAAUCCGUUACAUUGGGAUUUUGGGGUUGAGUAUAAAGCGAUCCCCUGGAACGAACAUGGCCCGGGAAAACUCACUGGGAAGCUCGCCCUGUGGGCUCUAGCAAGAAUGGCAUCGUACGGCGACCACAGCAUUGAGUACUCUUAUCCGGAUCUAGAUACAUGGCGCGCGCAGGAUACCGGCCAGGGCAUCAUCCACAACACAUCGGGCGAGAAAUUGGACAAGCCGACAAAACAUACCGAAAUUCAAGAGCGCAACCAUUUCCUUAAUGCCGCUACAGGUGCGGGACACGAUGAUGAGAUUAUCAACAACGAUGAUAGAGAUGCUAGCCGCCUCGAGCCACGAGAGAGCGAAGAUCCUGAGCCAGACGUACCGCAGUUUAGCAGGGCGGUCUCCACUGGACUGGAGCCCGGCAAGUUGCCGGAUAGUCAAGCUGCGGAGAGCCCUAAUACAUGGAUCAAGGUCGAGGUGAAAAAAAGGGGAAGGGAAUUUCAUUACAGAGACUACAAAGGCCAUGAUAAGUCAUCGGCCAAGAGUGACUGGCAAGCGGUGGAUGGGGGCUAUGUCUUACGCGGAAAGAGGCAUAUCUACUUUACGAAGAAGCUGCCAUAA